AUGUAUAAGCAACAUAAAGUUGAUGAUGAUGAAGAUGUAGUGUUAAUGGAAGUUCCAGAAUCUUUUAUCGCACCUGAUGAAUCAAAAGACGAUGUUUUAGAGAAUAUGGAUAAGCAGCACCAAAUUUAUGGUGAUGAAGAUGCAACAUUAAUAGAAGUUCCAAUAUCUUUUAUGACAUCAGAAGAAUCAGAGGCUGAUGUUUUAGAGAAUGAGAAGAUACCAAAAAAUAUGCAUUACAUGCAUACAUAUACAUUUGAACAAAGAAGGCAAAACUGGAUCAUCAAGAAUAUUUCUCGUAGAGACGGUUCGAUAUUUAAUUACGUCUACCAUCAUUUGGAUACAAAGAAAAAGUUUCGAUCUAUGGUAGAGGUUUAUAAAUUUAUUGUAUAUCGGGAAGUUCAUGAAAAAAUGAAGAAAUUACGCGAAAAUGAAGAAACCUUGCAGGUGACACCGAGAAGUAAACCACAUGUACGCGGUAAAAAAUUGAUCAAACAUUAUGUAGUUAGAACAUGUACUGAAUCUUGCAAAGGGGUUUACAUAAAAAAUCGGGGAGAACCUAACUACUUAUCCGAACGUGAUAUCCCUUUCAACAUUGGGAAAAAGAGAAAAAGAGCAAACAAAGAUUUAUAUGGACAUCAACAGGUGACCUUGGGAAAAUAUUCAACACAUGUGAACUCAGGAGAUGCUGCAUUAAGUAGUCAUGUACACUAUUUUCUUUACCUAAGGGAUUUUGAGCUCAAACCCGGAGGCAAACAAUGA